AGUGUAGUUCUAUGGGUAUUUUCAAAGACAAGGGAACAGUCGUGAGCCACAGCCAAAUCGAACUUCAUUUCCCAGGAGAAAAUGCAAUUUGUCAGUUUCUACUGUCUACGAGCUCAGACAGGCAGUGCAAGGGAGGACUCAUCGGAACGGUGUCAAUUCUGUCUGUUUUACAACGAUUAUUGCAUUUGCAGUCAAAAGAGGCAACAUUUAAACUCACUUGGUGUGAAUCCCUAGCCCCCCGCCCGCUACCCUUGCACAGAGAUAUGAGCGGCAGCGGGCGGCCCAGAACUAGCUCGUUUGCUGAGCCACAAGGUAAUCCCGGAGCCGCUGCAGCAUCCACCGGAUCAGCCGCUGCGGUGGGGAGCAGCACAGGAAAGACCGGGGUCCAGCAGGCCUCGGGGAGCAGUUCGUCUGGAUGCUCAAAUUUAAAGCUGGCCAGGGACAGUGGGAAGGUGACUACGGUGGUGGCCACAUCUGGGCAGGGUCCCGACCGCCCACAGGAGGUGUCCUACACGGACAUCAAGGUGAUCGGGAAUGGCUCUUUCGGUGUGGUGUACCAGGCACGCCUCAUCGACAGCCAGGAGAUGGUGGCCAUAAAGAAGGUGCUGCAGGAUAAGAGGUUCAAGAACCGAGAGCUACAGAUCAUGCGAAAGUUGGACCACUGCAAUAUCGUGAGGCUGCGCUUCUUCUUCUACUCUAGUGGAGAAAAGAAGGAUGAGGUGUAUCUCAACCUGGUGCUGGACUUUGUCCCGGAGACCGUGUACAGGGUGGCCCGGCAUUUCAACAAGGCCAAAAGCAUCAUUCCUAUAAUUUACGUCAAGGUGUACAUGUACCAGCUUUUUCGCAGCCUGGCCUAUAUCCAUUCCCAGGGUGUCUGCCAUCGAGACAUCAAACCCCAGAACCUGCUGGUGGACCCUGAAACUGCCAUCCUAAAGCUCUGUGACUUUGGGAGCGCGAAGCAGCUGAUUCGCGGGGAGCCCAAUGUGUCGUACAUCUGCUCGCGGUACUACCGCGCCCCAGAGCUCAUCUUCGGCGCCACCGACUACACGGCCAACAUCGACAUCUGGUCGGCGGGCUGCGUGCUGGCCGAACUGCUACUGGGACAGCCCAUCUUCCCCGGGGACAGCGGAGUGGACCAGCUAGUGGAGAUCAUCAAGGUUUUGGGAACUCCGACACGGGAACAGAUCCGAGAAAUGAACCCCAACUACACAGAGUUCAAAUUCCCCCAAAUCAAAGCACAUCCCUGGACAAAGGUGUUUAAGCCUCGCUCCCCUCCGGAGGCCGUCGCCCUGUGCUCGCGCCUGCUGGAGUACACCCCGGUCACCCGCUUUUCACCCCUGGAGGCCUGCGCUCACGCCUUCUUCGACGAGCUGCGCCAGCCCAACGCCCGGCUGCCUAGCGGCCGACAGCUGCCCCUGCUCUUCAACUUCAGCACCACCGAGCUGUCAAUCCAGCCCCAACUGAACUCCACCCUAAUUCCUCCUCAUGCCCGUGCACAGACCAGUUCAUCUGUAGAUGGCUCUGGGUUAGACGGCUCCUCUCAGCACAGCUCCGUACCUGGAUCACUCAACAACAGCACCUGAAACAUCCCUGCAAACCCUCUGUCUGCCAGCCCCCCCCCCCUCCGCACACACACACUAUAUUGCUUCUUUCUACUUCGCUGCUUGUUAUUUCUCCCCAUUGGUUACAAACAUACCUUUUUGUACUGUACAUACAUUGAACAAACCAUUUAUAGCGUUAGAGGGUAUCAUUAGCUGACAAGGUAGUUUUGUUACAUUCAAUUGAAACUAGAUCAGCACUACAGGCAGAGGUCGACACUCUCUCACACACACACACACACUUUCUCAUGUAUUGAUGACACCUUAAGUAUUAUUCCACUCCCUGGCUGCAUCUCCUUUGGCCCAGCUCCCUCUUUCUCUCUGCCUGUUUAUAACACUCAUGUUCCUGCUGUUGAGGGUGGCAUUCGAAGGUUCAGUAGGUGGGGCAGGUCCUCUCUCUAUAAUAUUUUUAGAUUUUUAUUUUUUUUUAAAUCAAGUUUUUUUUUUUUUUGUCUUUUUAUUCUGUGUAUUUAUUUAACUGAAGACUCCAUAAAGAGUUCUGCCACAACUACACACAAAUUCUACAGGAGUUUGUCUCUACAAGCUAGUUGAGGUGUUUCCCUGUUACAGUCAUUUGUAGACAAAUGGGAUAAAAUGGUUCUGGUUGCCAGAUGGAGGGAGGAAGAUGCUGUGUUUGUUUUAAUACUUUUUAUAAAAUUAUAUUUAAAAAUAUGAAAUGACAGCUGCUUAUUUUUUUUUCUUCAUUUAUUUUAUUUUUUUGCUUCGAAGGCACUGUGAAUUUUUACAUGGAAAGGGGAGGGUUCAAGUUUAUAAUUGGUAGCCAUACUUGCUAGCAAAUUUCCAGUGUGUGUGUUGAGGAUCUGAAGGAAAGGGUUUGACAGAUGGUGAGGCUGGUGGUGUUCGUGUGGAGACUGAGACAUCCAUGAUUCACAUCUGUGUAGCAGCAUCUCUCAGACAGUCCCAAACUGAGCCUCCCUUUACUGUCCAUGGGAAGACAACCAUCUAUAGGACCUUCAUUCCUCUAUUCAAGACUGCUGUGGUAGUGAAAUGUCACCUUCCUAUUGGCUUCAAUAUAUGGCAUACCAUAAAAAAUGUUGUAUGGUGAGGUUACAUGUUUGAUUUCAAAAUCUGGUUCUGGCUAAUUUGGCACUCAUGCAUUCAUAGCAUGAACUCUCCAGUGCUUGACGGCGUGUAUAUAGAAAGUGGACUUUCACAGCACACUUGUUAGAAUCUUUGUCAGUGUUGCACCCAUCUAGAUUGUAGAGGACCAAGGGAUUAUCAACUAUGGGUUCAGACAUGUGCACAUACAUGUAUCCUACAUGGAGUAGCUGACUCCAGUUUGGACAUUUGAAACAGACCAUGAUUCCAGUUCCGUUCUGUUAAUUCUCAAAUGGAGUCGAGGUCGUGUGUGUGUGUGAAGACGCGUACUCUGUUACUGGUGUAGUGUGGCCGAUAGCGAGUUCAUAGUAGCCCUACAGUCUUGUGCUUGUGGGAGUGAAUGAGAAUGAGUGAGAAAUUGAAGCGGGUGAGGGAAUGGCAGAGGUUUUUUGUGUGUGUGCGUGUAUGUGUGUGUGAUGAUAAUGUGUUGUUCCAUGUGAAUAAUCGUACUCCGAAUCCAAUCUGCACCGUUUUGAAAAGCCAGUGUUGUAGAUUUAGAUCAGUUCUCAGUACUGACCACUUGAAAGCUUUCUAGUGCAAGCGUGUUAUGAUAUUGUACCACCUCUACCACCCACUUGUAGAAACAACCGUCAUAUGUGCUGACGUUGAUUUAAAGAACACAUUUUUCCUCUUAUCUCUCUGAAGCCAUCUUCUUCCUGUGUGAAAUGGAGCAUAUUGGUUUGGAUUCCUUUUAUUCUUUUUCUUCUUCUCCCGCCCUGUAAAUAUCACCAACUUUUAAUUUCCCCUCAUUAUUUUUAUUACAGUGUUUUAUUUUUCCGUUACCUGUUGAACUCGUCACGGACCACUUUCAGUUCCAUUCAAGUCUGUAAAUACAAUCAGUUUCAAUGGCCUGAUUUCAAGAUGUAAAUACCCCCCCCCCCCCCCCCACAAAAAAAAGACCACAUUUUCCCUCCCUGUUUGUUGAUGUCUCUCUCUCCGUCUCUCUCUGGUCGUGCGCCUCCAUAACGUGUGAUUGUACUGUGUCUCUCGGCUUUAUUUAUUACCUCACUUGGUGUUCUCGUGUAGGGAGAGGUUGAGGCACCGACUGUUUUGUGGGCAUUAUGUAGAGUGGUCCAGAAUACAUGUACUGUACUUGGAACCCACGACAUUGGUAUGUUUGGAAAGUUGGACUGAAAAUGUUUGGUUGGAUAUAUCCAGAUUUGAUCAGACUAUAUCUGUGGUACGAUUCCAACUAAUACAUUUCCUGUUUUUUUUAAUAUAUUUUUUUACCUUAAGUCACCUACGUACUGACCUUUUGACAGGGAAAUGUGAUUGUGGGCUGUGAGUUUACCAGACAACCAUUUGGCCAAUGCACGGCCCCUGUAGCCAUUUAUUACAAUGGGCGCCCAAUGUAAGAGAUUUAAAUUGUGUGAAAGUGUCAUGUUGUACUGCAGAGAAGCCAUAAUAAAUGUUAAAAAUACCCGCUGGAUGUGAAGGGUAAAUCUGAGGGCCUUGAUGGUGACACGGGGUCGGAUGGUGCAGCCAGCCUCCCUCCCCUGACAUUGCCUACGCCCAUCACGGACGAUUCCGACUUGCUGCUUUCAAAAUGUCAGCCACGGACAAAAUGCAGCGACUUCAGUACGAACCAGUUAUCAACCCCCCUCCCUCCCUCCUGUUCUGUGUGUUGAUGUACAUGCCUGUUUGCUGGUUUCAUAACUAAAUCUCAGCAGGAUCAGGCUACUAGCUAAUUAUACUAGAAGUACCCUGUUCUGUGUAUAGCAAACCAAGUGAGGUCACUUUUUAAUGUUCUGUGAGUAAAAUUGUUAUCAGUAAUUUUUCAUUCCAAUCCGAUCCUUUGUAUCUUCCUGGUCAGGAGACCUGGUGUGCUUUUGGGACAGAGGGAGGAGAGAGAAGGAGGGAGAGAACCCAACUGUCUGUUUUUGUCUGUAUGAAAUGAGCUCAUUUAAUAAAGUGAUAACUCCUA